AAAAAAAUGAAAGUUGAAGUAGAAAUCAUGUCAAGAGAAGACAUUAGGCCUUCUUAUCCCACACCCGCUCACCUGAAAACCUUCAAGCUUUCUCUUUUGGAUCACCUUAUUCCAUCACCAUAUGCGCCUAUUAUCCUAUUCUACACCUCACCUAACAACACUGACCCAACUUAUUACCUUUCUCAAGUCCCCAAGAAGUUAGAAUUGCUGAAGCAAUCUUUAUCAGAGACACUACCACAAUUCUACCCUCUAGGUGGCAAAAUCAAAGAAAACUUGUCCAUUGAGUGCAAUGAUGAAGGUGCUAAUUUUGUGCAAGCCAAAGUGAAGUGCCCUCUUGAUAAAUUUCUAGUCCAACCUCAGCUGAACAUACUACACAAGUUUCUUCCCAUUGAUGUUGCUUCUGAAGAACCAAAUUCAGGAACCUAUGUGACUAACAUUCAAGUAAACAUUUUUUCAUGUGGGGGAAUUGCUAUUGGCGUGUGUAUUUCUCAUCGGAUCGUAGAUGGGGCUGCAUUAAGCACCUUCCUGAAAGGGUGGACAGAGAGGGCCAAAGGAUGCAACCAAAACCAAUUAAUCAAACCAAACUUCAUAGCAUCUUCUCUUUUCCCAUCAUCAAACAAUCCAUGGUUUAGAGACUUAUCAUUGUGCAUGUGGGGUUCCUUGUUAAAACAAGGAAACUGGGUCACAAAGAGGUUUUUGUUUAGAAACUCAGAUAUAGCCACACUCAAGGGUCAAACACUAGGCAUAGAAAACUCCACACGUUUGGAGAUAGUUUCUGCUAUGCUGUGGAAGUCCCUCAUGAUGGCACGGUUUGGUGCACAAAGGGCUUCUUUGGUGACUCAUUUGGUGAACCUGCGGAGGAGAAUGGAUGAGGCUCUUUGUCCUGAACAUGCAAUGGGGAAUCUUGUUUGGCUUGUGGCUGCGGAGAACGUGAGUGAUGAUGAGAUGGGGUUGGAGGAGUUGGUGGGGAAGCUGAGGAGUGCAAUAUCAAAAGUUGACGGUGCAUUUGUUAAAGAAUUGAGAGGUGAUAAGGGAAGGUCAAUUAUGGAAGAGAGUCUUGGAGGAAUAGGUGAGAUGGGAUCAAAGACUGAAGUGGAUUACUUUGGAUUUAGUAGUUGGUGCAAUUUGGGGUUCUAUGAGGCUGAUUUUGGGUGGGGAAAACCCACAUGGGUGAGUGGUGUUGGUGCAGUUGGUUCAGUGUUUAUGAAUCUUAUCAUCCCUAUGGAUACAAGGUUGGGAGAUGGCAUAGAAGUUUGGGUUACCUUGGAGGAGGAGCACAUGACUCUUUUGGAAGCAGACCCUGAAUUCCUCACUUAUGCAACCCUGGAUCCAAGUCCUUUGGAAAUCAGUUCCAAGUUCUAGAAUUAAAACCUUUUUUCUAGAAGAAAAAUAUGUGUAUCUUUCAUCCUAAGUAAUUCUACUUGAGAUGGUAAGAUCAUUAUAAGCUUUCUCUUAGUAUCUUUCGUAUGAAGAAUUUACAAUUCAUGCUAAAACAUUCUUAGUUAUUUAACCAAUUGUAUACCCAAUAUUUUAUUCAAAUUCGAGUAUUUCUCCGAGCUUUUUCCACGGUUAGAUGUCUAUGCCUAUUAAUAUAAAAUUUAUCGUCUCUAAAAUUAAAA